AUGCCUGACAAUGGUGUGGUGUGCAACCGGCUUACGUGUUGCACUGGCAAAAGUGAGCUACGCGACAUGGGAAGGGUGAACGUCAUGGCAUAUGUGCUCGAGAUUAGCCAUCACACUGUGGUUCAAUGGGAACAGACUCUAUGUUCUGUCGAAAUUAACGUAACCGUGGUCACUAAAUGCGAACACCAAUGGGCGCUGGAAGAGUGGCUUUUUGGUCGUGUCGUCGGAGGAUGCGAGCGGGCUUCCCUCCGACUGGUUCGAGAUAGAGGCGCUACAGUUCUCCUGCGACUCAUCACGAAGUACCUGCUAUAUGGUGCCACACCACUAACAGCUGGGCCAAAUUUCCGCGCUUUCCCAUGUAUAGAGGAAUGUUUGUCAACCACCAUUUCAAUUUCGCAAGAGCAAAGCAGCAAAGUAGAGCAAACACACAGAAGGUCUGGCAGAAGUGCAAUUAAAUUGGCAAGCGGCACGCUUCGGAGAAAACAGCUCAAGCUAUGA